UUGAAACGCUCACCGAGCCACGUCAUUAUUCAUAGGCUUUUCUGUCAUCAUCUCCUGUUGUGCUGAAUACAACGAUGACUCAACAACAAUACAAAUCUUAUGCGAUCCCAAACUCGGUGCUGAUAGACAAGCUAGCUUUACAAAAACAUCCUGAAGGAGGCUAUUUUGCGGAGACGGAUCGUCAAACGGAACAGAUUCCUUCGCCUUUUGCAGAUGGCGCACUUCGCUCCUUGGCGACAAGUAUCUAUUACCUUCUUACGCCGGAUGAACCAAAUGGUGUCUUUCACAUGAACAGGUCCGCGACUAUGCAUGUUCUGCACCAAGGCCGUGCGGAGUACAUCCUGAUCGCACCGGGUAGUCUUCCUCUCGUUGAACGGAAGGUGAUGGGCCCGAAUAUCCACGCAGGCGAGGUCCUCCAGCUACUCGUUCCCUCUGGUAUCUGGAAGAUGUCCCGCCUCUUACCGGCCGACCUUUCGCCCACAUCCUCCACAACGCAGGACGCAGCAGUCGCCCGAGAGCACACGGGGUGCCUCAUCACCGAAGUCGUCUUCCCCGGUUUCGCUUGGGAGGAUCAUGGCUUCCUAACUCGCGCUGACCUCGAAGCGCUCUGGGGAGGCAGCCCAGGAGCCGAGGAGUGGGUGGGAUAUGUCAAACGUUAGGAUUGAGUAUAUGAACGUGCGUGUUUGAACGCUGAUGGAUGAGAUGAGGGAGGUCACGCAAAAUGAAGCGGGGUGGUGACUUGGUGGAUUUCAAUAUGGCCUAAUCGAUGUGACAGAGUAUGGUUGAAUGAGAUGAUUGAAGAUGACAAGACCUUCAAAACGGGA